GCGUUGUCGUUCGUCUGUACUCUCACGGUUUCCCUCCCGCCAAUCUCAAAAUGAAGAACGCGAUCGCAAAGCUCGUUGCUGCUGCAGGCAUCGCAACGCUUGCCACCGCGCAAGUCGCCCAGUCUUGCCAUGGCUCAAACUCCGACCUGUGCUACUCUCUGAACAUCCCAGAAACCACCUCAAGCUCCGGCACUGGCGACAUCUUCUUCCAAAUUCGAGCUCCGACAACGUACUCAUGGGUGGCACUCGGGCAAGGAUCCAGGAUGCGCGGUGCCAACAUGUUUGUCAUCUACGCCUCUGAAGACGGCAAUGUUACACUCUCGCCGAGACUCGGAGUGGGCAAUGUCAUGCCUCUGUACAACGAGGCCGCAAAGGUGGAACUGCUUGGAGGCACUGGUAUCGAGAAUGGCAUGAUGACUGCCAACGUCAGAUGUAGCAGCUGCAACACUUGGGAGGGAGGAUCGAUGAGCUUCCAGAACUCGAGCGCUUCCUGGAUCUGGUCGGCUCUGUCAGGCGACGCGCUCAACUCGAACGAUCCCAGCGAGUCGAUCUCAUACCACAACCAAGCGGACAACUUCAACUGGGACUUCUCGCAGGCAAGAGGUGGAAGUGCAGUGAAUCCAUUCGUCGCAAGCGAUGGUACGAGCACAGCUCCGACAGCACAAUCGAGCACACCGAUGAAGUCAUCCUCUAAAUCGAGGACCACAACGCUCAUCAUGGCUCAUGGUUUCAUGGCUGCCAUCGCAUGGAUCAUCAUCUUCCCGAUUGGAGGGAUCAUCAUCCGUGUGCUCAACUUCCGUGGUCUCGUGUGGGUCCAUGCGGGCAUCCAAGCACUCGGAUGGCUUCUCUUCGUGGCCGCCGUUGGUCUGGGACUCCACAACGCAAUCAAGCUGGACUUGCUUUCCACCCGACACAUUAUCCUCGGAUUGGUGGUGUUCUGCCUCUUCGCUCUGCAGCCGGUCUUCGGUCUCCUGCACCAUCUCCGAUUCAAGAAGACUGGCUCGCGCGGAAUUUGGUCGUACAUCCACAUUUGGAUUGGUCGCGUUGCCAUCGUUCUGGCUAUGAUCAAUGGUGGUUUGGGCUUGGCCGAUGCUCGUACUUUCUAUCGAAGGUGGUCAAUUGUAUAUGGCGUGAUUGCUGGAGUCUUUGGUCUUGCGUACAUUGCGUCGAUUGUGUUUGGAGAGGCCAAGCGGUCGAAGAAGAUCAAGUCGGCGCAGAGCAGCGACGUGGCGGACAGUGAUCGAGAUGCGAGUGUGGGAUCGAAGAGCAGGCAGUAA